AUGGCAUACAGAAAAGUGUGUGACGCCCAGGGUGGCCCGCUGGUGGGAGAGGUCCUGCAGUGUUCUGGAGGUCUGGAUCUGGACUGGGACCUGGACAAGGAGGAGCUGCAGGAACCCGGAGCCAGCAUGGACCGUAUGCAGAUGCAACAUGUAGAGCGCCAGAGACCCGGGCGUUCGGACCCUGGCCCUGAUCCUGACCCUGAGCUGAUGGAGCCCAUCCAGCCCUCUGUUUCGGUUUCUCCUCACGGACGUUUUGAAAGACUGCAGGAAGAUCCCAACUACAUCUCCCACUUCACCAGGGCUCCAGGCCAUAAGGGCCAGCGGAGGUUUCACUGCUUCUUGCUCAGGUACUUCCUGGCAGGGGUGGGAGUUUUUGUCUUGGGGGUACUGAUUGGCCGGUUCGCUCAUGCACCAACUGGGAAACCACCUGUUCCCCCGUCGGACAGCUCCGACCUGCUGGAGGAGCUGCUGAGAGGAAUCACAGCUGACAAGAUAGAUGCUCUUCACAGGUCUUUUUCCAGCCUGCCAGACGACAGCGAGGAAGCCAGAGCCAAGUAUCUGUACAGGCAGUGGGUGGAGCUUGGUUUGACUGACGUCCAUCUGUCCAAUCACGCCGUCCUGCUCAGCCUGCCUGGUCCCACUCCCAACACCAUCACAGACCGGUCCAGUCACCAGUGUUUCCUGCCCAGCGGGAUCCCGUGUGACCAGCGUGGGCAGAGUGAGAUGCCCAGCCAGCAGUUCUCCUAUGCAGCCUACUCUGCAGUUGGAAGCUUAGAGGGCGAGGUGGUGGACGUCCAGUAUGGCAGUGUGGACGACCUGAGGAGAGCCAGAGAGAGGCUGAACGUCACCAACCAGAUCGCCCUGCUCAAGCUGGGCCAAGCUCCUUUACUCUACAAGCUGUCUCUGUUGUCUCAGCUGGGAUUCGGAGGAGUUCUGCUGUACGUCGACCCCUGCGACGCUCCGCCUGACCGCCACGUCUGGCAUCAAGCCUUCAGAGUCACUCUGAACCCCGGAGGAAACCCUGCUGCCGUCGGCGCGUCCAGAGAGGCUGCUGGCAGUCUGACGUCCCUCUUGGUCCAGCCCGUCUCUGCCUUCCUGGCCAAGAGGUUACUGUCCUCUCCGUCCACGGGCCCGGCCGACUCCUGCGCUCCUCUGGCCAUGCCUCCCAGCGCAGAGCGAAAGAAGAUCACACUGAAUAUUGGAAACCAGUCAGCCUACAAGAAGAUCUACAACGUUGUAGGAUACCUGAAAGGAAGGAGGAACCCAGAUCGCUAUGUGCUGGUUGGGAGUCGUCAUGACAGCGACCAGGGAGGCGGGGCCUCGGCCAUCAUGACUCAGCUCAUUGCCACGGUGACAGAACAGGCCAAACGAGGAUGGGUGCCGGACCGCACCACUGUGUUCUGCUCCUGGGGGGGCUCAGCUUUAGGAAACAUUGGGUCCUACGAAUGGGGAGAGGAUAACAGUGUUGUCCUACAGAGCAGUGCAGUGGCCUACGUCAGUCUGAACUCUCCAGUCAGAGGAACAGAGACUCUCAGAGCUACAGCCUCGCCGUCUCUUCUGCAGCUCACCUCCGACAUCCAGAGGAGACAGCUGCUGAGUUGUAUCCGUGGUGGGAACUGCCCUGGGCCCAACGUCAGCUCGCCUCAGCUGCCCGGGGAUGUGAGCUUCUUUGCCAACCAGCUGGCUGUGCCAACUCUGGAGUUCGCCUUUGAGCAGACCAAAGCAGAAGAGACAACAAGCUUCCUGUCGGAGGCCCAGUUUUCAGCCGAGUCGCCGGAGACGCUGGACCCGCUGUUUAAAUUCCACGAAACCAUCGCAAAGAUGACGGCAGAGGCCAUUCUUCGGCUGGUCAACGACCCCGUGCUGCCUUUCUACCCUCUGGACAUCGCUCUGGAUGUUCAGAACAAACUAAAAGACAACGGCGUGGUUUCCCCGGCCCUCCUGUCCUCGGCCUCGUCCCUGAGAGACCGAGCUGCGUUCUUCCAGUCGGAAACCAUGCGGCCGGCCAACGACCCCAAAGAGCGCGACCCUUCCCACGUCCGGAUGCUGAACGACGUUCUCCGCGACCUGGAGAAGAGCUUCCUCAUCUCUCGCCCUCCACCUGGAGUUUACAGGAACCUGUUGUACAGCCUUCCAGGGAAAACUCCCCAGUUUUCCAUCCUCAGGUUCUCACAGGAAGACCUCGUGCACAGCGAAGCGGUCCGGCACAACACGGUGAACCACGAGGCGCCUCAGCACAGCGCCGUGAACCAGUCCCUGUCUCUCAUCCUGCGGGCCAUCCAGUCAGCGGAGCGGCUCGUGUGCUUCGGCCUGGAUCUGUUCGAGAACUACCCAAGUGACGCAAAGUGA